UUACGUCACUAGGGUAUUCCCGCACUUCUGUCGUUCAGCACUCGUGCACUGUCUCAGUUUCAGUACGCUGCUGGUGAGAGAACAUUUCUCGUAACAAAACGCUGGAAAUAAGAGUCAGCGAUCGUGAAAGGAAGUAAAUUCUGUGACGCAAGCAAGGCAACAUGGGAGGCCUUUUCAGUAGUCUGCAGCAGCAGCAGACAGAAACUCAUUCAGCUACAUCUGGCCAGUCAACUUCGCACAGACCAUAUUCAUCCCAGAGCAAAGCUCAGUCUUCUUAUGAAGAUCAAAAAUAUGCCGCGUACCCACAAUAUUUUGAAGCACGAAGACAACAGUUACUGGAGGAAGAGAAGAAACGGCAAGCCAUUCAGAGGGAAAAAGAGCGAUGUGUUGUACCUAUUAGCAGCACACCUCUACACAGAGCCAUUCUUCAGCAGCCCUUAGCAGCAAACUGGAGUCCACUGCCCAGUAAUUCUGCAUUCAUCAAGAUUGAUGUUACACAGUUUACGCAAGAAUACAACACAGUCAAACAUCUUUUCAAGAAUACAAAUAAAAAGAGAUUUAACGUCGUUCAAAUUGAACGAAUACAAAAUCCAUACUUGUUAGGCUGUUAUCUAUUAAAGAAAAGUGAGAUGGAGUGCAUACUUGGAGGUUAUGUUGAAGAAAGAAGACUUUUCCAUGGAACAAGACAAAGUAAUGUACACGAUAUUUGCGAGAAUAACUUUGAUUGGAGACUUCAUGGUGAUAGCACGGGAAACAGAUAUGGAAAAGGGGUAUCCUUCUCACCCAUUUCACACUAUGCCAGCUAUUAUUCUGACAAGAAUGCCGCAGUGAAGGUGAUGUUUCUCGUCAGAGUUCUGAUAUCAAAUACUACCGUAGGUCAUGGGGACAUGACCAUCCCACCUCUUAUAAGUCCUGGUUACGAUCAGAGCGCACUGAGAUACGACACUGCCCAAAAAGAAAAUGGGCAUGUGAUUGUAAAAUUUUCUGAUAACGAGUAUUAUCCAGAAUAUUUAAUACACUAUACAGUUUCAGGAGUUCAACAAAACAGAAAAUAUUAUGAUACAAACUUUGAUUAUUAUUAAACACUUUUCUUAAUUGGAAUAUCCUUUGGCCAUAAUACUUUAUGCAUUACUGAAAUGGCUAGUAAAAUUAAAAAGGAUUAUAAAACUUAUGCACAUUCUUUUUCUUUUGAUCUAAUACAGAAAAUGACAUUAACACACCCAAGUUAAUGGAAUACGGUUGCUGGUUGCAGUGGUAACAGGAAAGAACAUUCUGUGCAAAUAAUUUGACAACCUUUUUGUUCUCAUUGGAUUUAAAACAACACUCUUUGCUAUUGUAAAUAUAUAGCAAGUUAAGUUCAAGAUAUAUUCAUGAAUGUCUUUGUGUAAUGUGGCCAUUACUGAUUGUGUAAAUCAUGAAUUAUUACUAUCAAAACUAAUUUUUUAUGGAAUUUGAAAUAUAGCUGGUCAGUGGUUUAAAUCAUACCUUCAUGACAGAAAGCAACAGGUAUAAAUAAAAUCAGCAGAUUCAAAUGAUAGGACCUACUAAACUGGAAUUAAGUUAUUCAACCAAAGUUACAAAUUUGCAUAAAAUAUAUACUUGUCAUUAUUAUAGGCAUGUCAUUUUUGUCAGACAAACCUGUAUCUGUACAGUACUUGAACAUCCAUACUGUUGACCAUCCUGGUGAUUAUAUUCAAACGUAAGGGUGGCAGCAUGUAGUGGAGUUCUGUAUCAGGCUUGACUUCUUAUUUUCAUUAUUAUUAUGAGAAAAACGGAAUUUGUUGACACAUACAUUAUGUAGAUGUGUUAUUCAGUUUUACUGCCUUUAAAAUAAUUUGAGAUGUCCUUAAUGAGAAAUACACAGGCUACAACUGAGAUAUCUCAUAAUUACUGCACUAAUGUUAAUGUCAGCUGGCCACUGUUGAUUGGACAAAAUCACAAAUUUAGAUUGUUUAACUGUGAUAAACUAUUAAAGUAUUUUGUCCAAUCCUACAUGAAUUUUUACUGAAACUGUGGCUGUAUUGGCCUGCUGAUUCAGUGUGGAAUAAUUAAAGUCAGAGACCCAAGUAAAAUUUAAAUACAAAAAUAAUCUGAUAUUAUUUUAGUACUACUAACCUGCAACUUAUUAUAACAGCCUUCAUUAAUUCUGUGUCACACUAAUUAAUUAUUACACUUCACUACAUUACUUAAAGCACACUAAUUAAUUAUUACACUUAACAACAUUACUUAAAACACCUUGUACUUUAUCAACCACAUGGAUCACAAAGACUUAUCAUAUGCUGUCAGAAAUGUAGUCACAUGUGAGGGUAAAUUCUAAGAAGGUUGGAAGAUACUGUGGUAAAUGUCAUAAUUGUAAUGUUGGCGCCAGCUGUUUGUGGCUGUCUUCCAUAAGUUGUAUUAAUGAUUCCUUGAUAAAUGGUUUUUUUUUAAGAUUUCAAUUUAAUAAAAUUAUACAAUAUGCAAUCAUGUGAUUUUAUGACAUUUCUCACUGUUUCUAAUCGAUACAUAAAGCUCCCUUAUGUUAUAAACUAAACUGAAGAUAUGAAAUUUUUUCUGGAUAUUUUGCAGUGAAAUUACAGGUUCAUCUUCAAACUAGUUUAUAAUAAACAGAAACACGAUUUAUUUAGAGUUGAAAUAAAGUAAACUUAGGCUACUGGUUAAA